AUGUAAACAAUCAAGAUGGUAGCUUAACGUUAGAAACCCUGGAAAUAUUUGCAAUGACAUAGUUGCCCUUCAGUUUGGUAGUAUUGUCAGUCGGAUGCUACGACAGUAUUUAUCUUCUAUCAAUCUUGUAGUUUGAUCGCAUUUGAUUAAGCUGUCACCAUGACUCGAGAUAUAGUGAUUGGCGAUGAACUACCUGACUGGGUGGGAGCCAAGGAGUUCUACCAGAAAUAUGACCCAAAAGAGGUGAUUGGCAGAGGUGUGAGUAGUGUGGUGCGCAGAUGUGUGCACAAGCACACAGGGCAGGAGUUGGCAGUGAAGAUUAUAGAGAUCACAGCUGAGAAGAUGACCGCACAGCAGCUGGAAGAGGUGAAGAGCUCCACACUGAAGGAGAUCCAGGUUCUCAACAUGGUCAAAGGACACUCCUCUAUCAUCACUCUCAUUGAUUCCUAUGAGUCAACAACCUUCAUAUUUUUGGUAUUUGACCUCAUGAGGAGUGGAGAGCUUUUCGACUACCUGACAGAGAAGGUCACUCUCAGUGAGAAGGAAACUAGGUGUAUGAUGCGAUGUCUCCUGGAAGCUGUCCAGUACCUCCAUUCCCUCAACAUAGUUCACCGGGACCUGAAACCUGAAAACAUUCUGCUGGAUGACCAGGGACACAUCAAACUCUCUGACUUUGGCUUCUCUGUCCAGCUUCAGCCAGGCAAGAAUCUGAGAGAGCUUUGUGGGACGCCAGGUUAUUUGGCACCUGAAAUCCUGAAAUGCUCCAUGGAUGAGACGCAUCAGGGAUAUGGGAAGGAAGUUGACCUCUGGGCGUGUGGGGUGAUUCUGUUCACCCUGCUKGCUGGCUCUCCACCCUUCUGGCACCGCAAACAGCUGCUGAUGCUCAGAAUGAUCAUGGAGGGCCGUUACCAGUUCAGCUCCCCAGAGUGGGAUGACAGGUCUGACACCGUCAAAGAUCUGAUUACCAGGUUGCUGGUGGUGGACCCAAUUGUCCGUCUCAACGCUGAACAAGCCUUGGCUCAUUCCUUCUUUAGGCAGUACCAAAGGGACGAGGUGCGUCACUUCAGUCCCCGGAAGACAUUCAGGGUACUGAUCCUGAGUGUUCUGGCCUGUAUCCGCAUGUACUGCCGCUACCGCAGAGCCAGGCCACUGACGCGGGAGGUCCUGGCCAGAGACCCCUACUCCUUGAAGGGAGUGCGCAAACUAAUCGACGGCUGCGCCUUCAGGAUCUAUGGACACUGGGUUAAGAAAGGGGAGCAGCAAAACAGGGCUGCCCUCUUCCAGAAUACGGCUAAAAUAAUGCUUCUUGGUUUAGAGGACUUUGAAACWUAAAAAGAUCAUACUUGUUCUAGUAACUGCAUUAGCUUUAUGUAGUUUAACAGGUUUGACAUUUUGGUGUGCAUAUUUUUUCUUUGUGAAUGCUAGGUCUCGUUACAUAGGAUGAGGAAUUCAUGAUCCAGUGACAUGUUACCCUUAAUGCGAAUAAUGGCUCAUUAUUAUUUAUGGAUAAGUGGAAUUUGAGAUCGAUGUGGAUCCAGAUAUGAGAAUUUUAUGUUMAUUUUAGGGUCCAAGAGAGUGCUUUUUGAGACUACUCAAAUCAGCAGGCAAUGGUUUUAGGAAGCAAAAUUGACAAAGCCACUUCAAUGCACUAUAUUGUACACAUAGGGCAAAAAAGGUGAACAUAUAUCCAUACCGAUGGUGCAGUUAAUGCUUGAAAAAGUUCAUUUUUUUUAUUGCUAUGACAUUCUCUAUUGAGUUGACAUAACAUWAUUUUUUCAUUGUUUACUUCUAUUUGCUACCUAAACCUGUAUUUUAGCAAUCAUGUAUUCUUACUGAAUCUAAAAUAACAUAGCGGAAAGUUAGUGAUUGCAGAAGAAACAUUAAACAUUCCAAAUAUAGUUUUCCAAUUUCCACUGAUAGUUUGAGUUAAGGGUAUAGGAAAUGACUAACUGUUACCCCAGUCAGAUUAGUUUCCUUUCUGUGUUUGGUGUUUAGUGCAAUACGACAAUUAUUGUAACCAAUAGCAUUCCUUUUCAGUCCAGUUUGGGAUUUACUCAAGUGUUCCUUUGCCUGAAUUAAAAUGGCAUUCCUCUAAGUGUACAACUGUGAAAGACCAAUGUUUUAUUAAUAAUGAAAGUAACCUAUUUACUUUG